AUGGAAUUACUGGACACCAACUAUGAUCCCGCCGAGUAUGUGGUUACCGCGAGUGGUAACAAGGUCAGCCGCAACAAGGGUGUGGCCUUCUUCCCCCUGCAUAUUGGAGAUCAUGUCUUCAUUGGCGAGGACUCGAUCAUCAACGCAGCUCAGAUCGGUUCCUAUGUGCAUAUUGGCAAGAACUGCGUGGUCAGUCGUCGCUGUGUCCUCAAGGAUGCCUGUGCCCUGCUGGACAACACUGUGCUUGCGGCUGAAACUGUCGUGCCACCGGCAAUUGUAAAGCUAAAUUGGUUCCUUAAAGGCGAAAUGUCCUCAGGCGACUACCGGGUUUACGAUCACAGAAUCCACCUCAACUAUUCCAACAGUCAACCCUUACUAGGCGUGUGGAAAGGCAGCUAA